AUGUCGAGCACAAACACGACGCCUAAACCAGGCAACCCGAUCGUCUACCUCGAUCUCGCCUUUGGUUCGUCGCCUGCGUCUCGCCCCGGAUCCAACCGCAUCGUCCUCGAGCUGUACGCGGAUCGUGUCCCGCGCACCGCCGAGAACUUUCGUGUACUCUGCACCAACACCUCGAAACUCGCCUCGACCGGUCAACCGCUUUCGUUUCGCAACUCGAUCUUCCACCGUGUCAUCCCCAAAUUCAUGAUCCAAGGUGGAGAUUUCACGCGCGCCGAUGGAACGGGCGGAGAAUCGAUCUACGGCGAAAAAUUCCAAGAUGAAGAUCUGACGGGCAAGCACGAUGUGCCGUUUUUGUUGAGCAUGGCCAAUGCAGGCGCAAACACGAAUGGAAGUCAGUUUUUCAUCACCACCGUACCAACGCCGCAUUUGGACGGCAAACACGUAGUGUUCGGACGCGUGCUAAAGGGAAAAGGCGUAGUCCGGAGGGUUGAAUCGGUCGAAACGGUUGCGAGCGAUCGACCUAAAGAGGACGUCAAGAUCGUCGAUUGUGGAGAGCUAACAGGCGACGAGGUGAGCAACCAAACCUACGGUAUCGAGCAAGACGAUACGGGCGAUCAAUACGAAGACUUCCCCGAAGAUCAAGAUGACAAGUUGGAAUCCGACGUCUCUGCCACCUACCACAUUGGAUUAGCGCUAAAAAAUAUGGCCAACACCCAAUUCAGUAAGGCCAACUUUGACAUUGCGCUUGAAAAAUAUUCAAAGGCUCUACGAUACCUGCAACUUCACCCGAUCCUACCCGAAGAUACACCUGCCGAUCUCGCCGCCAACUACACCACGCUCAAGACGAGCAUUCAACUCAAUGCUUGCCUCUGCGCACUCAAGACGACCCCUGCGCAACCCAGAGUGGCCAUCUCCAACGCCACCGCUGUCAUUUCAAACCUCACCUCAAACAAAGCGCCUUCAACCGAACAAGCCGACAAGAACAAGUACCACUCGGAUCUCGCCAAAGCCUUCUACCGACGCGCAUCGGCAUACGUCGCUCAGAAAGACGACGAGAGAGCCGAGGCGGAUCUGAAACACGCGCUCGAAAACGCUCCGGAAGAUGCCGGGGUCAAGCGCGAGCUGCAAGCACUAGCAAGGAGGAAGGAGGCCAAGUUGAAAGGUAUGAGGGCUGCUUACAGCAAGAUGUUCUCGUAG